UUAACUCCAGCCAAUCAACGGUAUGCAAGCCUCGAUGACAAGGAAAGGGGGCGUGGCAUUCCUAACCCGGAAGUAAACACUAAACAGGCAUGCCUCGUGGGUAUCAGCUGAUUGAAAAGGUCGGUGUAUAUACUAGUAUUUGCGCAGCAGGGAUCAAUUGUGCCCCGUGGCAGAUUCUGUUUGCGUAACGUUUGGCAUACACACAUCCGGAGGUUUGUGUGUGUUCGCGAUUGUUUCUGCAUCUAUCUUCAUCAGAAUCAACCAACAUUUGCGACUCCCUUUGUGUAAGUUGAUGGAGUAGUACUUGGUUUUCAUUCCUUAUCGUAAAGUAAGCGUGCAAAGUCACUGAGCCGGUUUCCCCUGUGCCGCUAAAACCACCUUUCAGCAUUACGAUGAGUGUGAAGUCCAGACUUUCAGAGUUUCUGGAGAAAUGCGAGCGUGAGCGGGACAGGGCGGUGGACUUCUGGCUACAACACUCACAUGACACAGAGCACGGUGGUUUCUAUGUUUGCCUGGACAGAGAUGGGAAAAUUUAUGACGACACCAAAUACUGCUGGCUACAAGGCAGACAGGUGUGGAUGUACUGCAGGCUAUACAACGAGGUUGAGAAGUAUCACAGACAAGAUGUGUUACAAGCCGCUAUAGCAGGAGGGGAGUUCCUGAUGAAGCAUGUGAAGGACCCUGCCACCAUGAAGUGCAGUUUUGCAGUGACUCGUGACGGCAGGACUGUCAAGGUGCAGCGGCAGCCGUUCUCCGAGGUUUUCUACUUCUUGGGCUUGUCAGAACUCCACAGAGCAACAGGGGAAGCAAAAUACAGGGAAGAGGCCUUGAAGAUGAUGGACCAACUUGUACACUGGAUGACCGUUGAUGAUACGGGCCUGGGACGACCCAAGUGGCCUGGCGCCCCGGAUACCGACAACAUGGCGGUACCCAUGAUGCUCAUGUGCAUGAUGGACCAGCUGGAGUUGAUGGACCCUGCACUGUCGGACAAGUAUGCUGGGCUAGCGGAACGGUGUGUUCAACAACUGCUCCUGCACAUACAGAGGGAUGGUACUGUGAUCUUGGAGCAGGUGAGCCCUGAUGGACAGGAGCUCCCAGGGUGUCUGGGGCGACUGCAGAACCCAGGACAUGCCAUCGAGUGCAGCUGGUUCCUACUUCAGUACGCUGUUAAGCACAAUCGACCGGACCUGAAGAAAAUGGCAAUCCACAAUUUCCUCCUCCAACCCUUCGAGUCUGGCUGGGAUGAGAAACAUGGCGGCCUCUUCUACUUCCUGGAUGUGGACGGCUACUCUCCCACCCAGCUGGAGUGGAACAUGAAGCUGUGGUGGCCCCACAACGAGGCUCUUAUCGCUUUCCUGGUGGCGUACAAGGAGACCAAGGAUGAAACAAUGCUGGAGAAAUUUGCCCAAGUCUUCGACUACACAUUCUCACAUUUUGUUGACCCUGACCAUGGAGAGUGGUACGGGUACCUGAGUCAGCAAGGGGAGGUCACACAGAGGUUCAAAGGCGGGCCAUACAAAGGUUGCUUCCACGUGCCCAGGUGCUUGCACAUGUGCACCCAAAUACUCAGGGAACUGCUGACAACAUGAGGAACUUCAGGCAAACAUGGUCAUACAGUAUAACGGUACCUUUAUCCACAUGGUAACCUUUAUCCGUUGCUUUUAAAAACUAGAUACAUUGUAGUUAGGGAUAUCUAGUCGACGGAAGUAACGGUUUCAAAUUGCAAUUGCAAUGUUUUAAUAGCAUUCCAAUCUGAACAGCCGUCUGUCGAUUCGAUAUCCCUAAAUACUCCGAUUUUAUAUACAACGCAUAAAGGUUACGCCGCGGAUAAAGGUGAACUAGGGUUACAGCACAUACCCAUGUCUCAGUGGUGUUGUUUAUACAUCUAUUAGAUAUGUUAUCAAUCAAGUGUGGCCUUGAAGGUUAGAUAACUUCUCGUGCCUUGAUCAGGGUUAUAAGAUUUGCAAGGUACUUCUUUUGGUAACAAAAUCUGAGUUCAAACCUUUCAAGAUUUUGUCUACCACUUGUUUUAUGUUUAAAAAAAAGAAAAUAGAUGUUGGUUAUAACAGUAGACUGGAAAUCUAUCUCUUUUUCAGCCUACCACAGGAUAUGAAAGUUAUCAGCAUACAGUCUGUUCAUUUGUAAUAUGAAUUAUUUUACAAGGGACGGCAUGUGGUUUCACAUAGGGUACCAUAAUCUAGAGAGUAGCUUUAUGGUAAGUGUGAAAAGUGAUCUUCCAAGUCAAAUGUCAUGAUGAGUCAUUACCGGUAUUAUAGUGAUACAGGAUGCUGUAAAUGCUGUACAUGGGGAAUUUGAUCGACAAAACAAGUCAUCUCAUGCUGCUAUUAACAUGACUCAUCUGCACUAGGGACCCUUUCUUGCCAUUUAAAAUGAAGUCAUGCAGGAAGUAUCGCUGUAUGUAAUUCUAGUAGCAGCACCAUGACGAUUGAGAAGUGACAUACAUGUACUUAGCUAUAGUGCCAACUGUGUAAUAUAUGGUAAUGGUAAGGAAGUGGAUAACAUUGGCAAUACCCUCAUAGCAUAAGGCAAGGCACCUUGCUGCAAUAUACCAAAAUAGUAUCCUAACAAAAUUCUUUGUAUGCAACCAAAUCUAUGAUAUUACCUUUCUGAGAUUUUGGUGACUUGAAAUGCAAAGUGGAACCAGUCAUGAUCGGUAUUACCAUGAGGAAAGUUACUGGUGGUCAUCAUCAUCAGGAGAUUACAUACUAGCUGUGUACAAAGAACUUUGUUAAACAAACAAGAUUGAUCUGAUCACUGCUUUAUCUCAUAACCAACCUCAGUGCCACUUGACAAAAUGUCAGAUGUCUUGCCAGUUAUGCCCAUGACUGGAUCAUGGCUUGACAAUCACAAACCUUACUUGCUUUACUUCAUACUUAAAUCACAAACCGUACUUAAUGACUAAUAAGUUAAUAAAAAAUGAAUUCACCAUAUUUAAAGAGAAAGGGAAGAUAGCAGUACUACAGAUUACGUACAUGUAUAGUUGUCUUUUGAGAUAUGUUGUGAUUCAACUAUCCUGGUGUCCAACUUGUUGGCGGGAGCGGACCUUUCUGGGAGUGACUAAAGCACCACAAGGCUGGACUCCAGGCUAUGAUUCAACUGCCUGUAUUAUAGAACUGUAUCUUUUACUUAAGGCCCCAUUUUCAUUGGAUGGCAAUAUUUGGAUUGGUGUGAUCCAUGAUUUUAUAACACAUACAAUGUUUGAAUAUCAUUUAAAAAGACAACAAAACACACUAAAUGUGAAAUAUUUUGAGUGACAAGUGGAAUUUUGGGUUGUCCAGUGGUCACAGCCUGUGGUGGGAAGGUGUAAGGAAUGCGCACACUGUUAUCAUUACUGUUGAGUUGCGAAUAUUGGAGCUGUACAUUCUGUAGCCAACACUAACACAGAGAAGAAAGAUAUGCCAAAUCAGCACUUUGAUGUGGAAACAUUUAUUAUUGAUAUCUAAUGAACUUAUAACACGGUAUCACUUUCACUUUACAGUAUUCUAAACACAUUGUGUAAUGUUUACCAGCGACUGGACCUCAAACAUGAGGCUUUUUUGUUAGCUAGUAGUGUAAUGCAAUGUUCACUAGGAAUAUAUCAAUGGAAAAAAUGCAACAACUGGAUUUUUUUAUCACACAUUUUUCUUUCUAAAGUCAUUUGACCUUCUGCUAACUAAUCUUCUGCUAACUAAUGUUGGAAUACUUUGAUUUUACUGUUGUACCAGCAUUGACUUAAGUUGAUCCAUUCAAUGUUUUAAGGUAUUUUCCCAUUCUAAAAUAUUACCUACAGUUGAAGUGGUCAUUUAAGACAUACAUUGUCUACGAUGAACAUACAAGUUGAAAUGCAGAUUAUCACAAACUUUUUACAAAACCCUUGAUGUAUGGAAACAUACAUGUCAUGUAUACCCAAUGUUUCUGACAAAGGACAUUGGAAAAUCUUUAGAAAACAUUCCAUCAAAGAGAGAGGUAGAUAGAUUACAUAAUAUAUCAUUGCUAUGUCAUAGAGUAUCAGUUCACAGGAAUGAAAGAUGUAACGAUAGUUCACCUUUAUCCGGAGGGUAACCUAUAUAUAUAUAUAUAUUCGUUGCUUUCAAAAAACGGGUAUUUAGGGAUAAUAAAUCGAUGGACGAUAGUUUCAAACUACACUAGUUUGAACAUAUUACAUCUUGAAACCACCGUUGGCCAACUUGAUAUCCCUUAAUACCGUGUGGAUAAACACAACGAAAAUAGAUUACCCUGCGGAUAAAGAUGAACUAGCGUUAUAUGGUAUCAUCAUUUGUGGCAGAAUACUUCUCAUAACCUUUUCCCUGCUAAAGUUGCCUUUUGGCAGCUAGUUGUACUGGCCUGGGGCUAGGCAGCAGGGAGAAGAAUUUAAUUAUUAUUCUAGAAUUCUUAAUGCAGGGUUGGACAAGUCCACUAGCCCGAUUGUCUCGGGCAAGUGAAAGUGCCCAUCGGGCAAGCAAGAUUUUUCCAUGUGUGAGAUUUUGCUAUACUUGCAACUUUUCAGUUAUGGCGUCAAACAUUGGUCGACCCAGAAAAAUAGACGCAAUGUUAAAAGUAAUCCAUUGCUGGAUGUGAAAAUGGAUAGAAAAGAGUCAUUUAAAUUUCAGGGAAGUGAAAAGUUGGUUCAGGCAAGUAGAUUUUUUUUUUGUAUUUGCCCGAUAGGACAAGUGAUUUUUAGAAAACUUGUCCAACCCUGUUAAUGUCACAGUUUGGUGGGGUAAAACCUUGAAAAUGAAGCCUUCUUUUCUCAUGUAGCCCAUCGUUAUUGUUAUUGUCAUCAGCAGAGAACUGAAUACAGCACCUCACACUAAACAAGUGUGA